AUGCGGGCUACUAAGCGGAUUUCUGAUCCCCGUCCUAUCUACGAUGAGGAUUAUUUGGACAUCAGCAAGGGGAAAUUUAGUUCUUUUUUGAAAAAGAGAGGGUGCACAAUCAACUCGUUAGAUUCUUUCGGAAGUUAUUCCUUCAAAAGUGCAAUUGCCGUGUUUCACUUUCUACUGAACCAACUAGAUCAAAAUUUGAAGUUUGGUCAAAAAGCCGAUGAAGAUUUACCGCUUAUAUUGAAAUCCUUGAAUUAUCCUGUCAUAAUUCCGAAGGAUACUUUUUUUCCUUUCGUGGAUAAAAGUAUUUCUCCUUUCCAAACAGUUAUAAGUAGUUGGGUGGUAGAGCUUUGCGAUUAUGUAUCACUGUGUCAGAGCAGAGAUAAGGCACACUUUUUUAAAUUUGAUUGUACAGAAUUAAUUGUAAAUUGUAGGAGUUUAACGGUGAAUUCAAUACAAGUAGCAUUGAACUAUAUGAGGUAG